AUGUCGGAUACACCGAACAAAGAGCAAUCCGAAGAACCAAAACCUGAGGUCAAGUUUACAAUGGCUGAUGACGAUGAGGAAGAUCAUGAGCAGCCAGAGCAAGUUCCUGAGCAUAUAGAGACCGAGCAGGUCGAGGAUGAAGCUGAGGAAUCGACUCAAGACAUGCACUUCGAAAAGGAUUCAUUCAAACGUUUCGAGAUGUUGCUCAAAAAAACCGAAAACUUCUCGCAUUGUCUUAGCUCAGGUGAUAUCGAAGCUGUUUCGCGUAAGUGA